CCUCUGCUUCAGCAACAGAGAGAGAAACAUGCCUGACCAACAGCAAACCUCUCAGCUCUCUGCUCUGUUCAGAGCUUCAACACUUCAUGACCUACACACGACUGCAGUGGAUCUGGCCUUACAGAGUGAGAACGGACACCUGGACCUUUUCCUCCGCUUCCUUCUUGGCCUCUCUCUGGAGUCCAAUCAGAAUCUCCUAAGGCACCUACUGCCACAGACAAGAAGCCAAUCACAGAGCCCAGAGCAAACAGUCCAGUAUGUCAAGGAGAAGAUCAGAGAUGAGGAGAAGAUCAGAGAUGAGGAUGAUGAGGAUACUUCAGACAGAAGGAUCAACCUGUUCUACUGUCUGAAUGAGUUGAAUCACCAUGCUGUAGUGGAGGUCAUUGACAGGAGCUCAGGAACUCUGUCUGUAGUCAUGCUCUUACCAGGAGAGUGGGAGACUAGGACGUUUGAGUUUGAGAUUUCAGAAGAGCAACUGGAUGAGUUUGAUCUGCAGAAGUACAUAAAGACACCAGAGAAAGAUCUGACUGAACUCCUCAGUCCAGAUGAAGUUCUUCAGAGGCUGGUGCCAGUGGUCACAUCAGCUUGGCUGCAGCAGUGUUCCCUCACAGAGAAGAGCUGUGCUGCUUUAGCAUCAGCUGUCAGAUCAACCUCCUGCAGUUUGAAGACGCUGAACCUGAGUCAGAAUUAUGCUCUUCAUGAUGCAGGAAUUCAGCAUCUCUCAGACCUCCUCAAGAGUCCCCACUGCAAGCUGGAGACGCUAGUGCUGAGGAGUUGUUCCCUCACAGAGAAGAGCUGUGCUGCUUUAGCAUCAGCUGUCAGAUCAACCCCCUGCAGUUUGAAGACGCUGAAGCUGAGUGGCAAUUCUCUUCAUGAUGCAGGAAUUCAGCAUCUCUCAGACCUCCUCAAGAGUCCCCACUGCAAGCUGGAGACA